CACGUCCUCAACUACUCUCUUCUAAAAUAUUCAUGUUAAAUCAUACAAUGAUUUAUGUACAUUUAAAAAACAAAACAACUUGUCACAUUAAUAAGCUAAUGUUCCACAUACAGUCAGUAGCCAAUGAAUGUAUUGCAAUUCAAUUAUAUAUAUUUUUUUAUUCAUGGUCAAGUGCAGCAUUUGCAAUGUAAUUUGUCUGAUGGCAUAUCUUAGUGGGCUGAAUAUCCAUAGAACAUCAGUAUGCAGAAGAAUUUAAAUACACUACAUGACCAAAGGUAUGUGGACACCUGCUCUUCCAACGUCUCAUUCCAAAAUCAUGGGCAUUAAUAUGGAGUUGGUCCCCCUUUGCUGCUGUCACAGCCUCCACUCUUCUAGGAAGGAUUUCCACUAGAUGUUGGAACAUUGCUGCGGGGACCUGCUUCCAUUCAGCCACAAGCAUUAGUGAGGUCGGGCACUGAUGUUGGACGAUUAUGCCUAGCUUGUAGUCGGCUUUCCAAUUCAUCCGAAAGGUGUUCGAUGGGGUUGAGGUCAGGGCUCUGUGCAGGCCAGUCAAGGUCUUCCACACAGAUCUCGACAAACCAUUUCUGUAUGGACCUCGCUUUGUGCACGGGGCAUUGUCAUGCUGAAACAGGAAAGGGCCUUCCCCAAACUGUUGCCACAAAGUUGAAAGUACAGAAUCAUCUAGAAUUUCAUUGUAUGCUUUAGCAUUAAGAUUUCCCAUCACUGGAACUAAUGGGCCUAGCUGGGAACCAUGACAAACAGCCCCAGACCAUUAUUCCUCAUCCACCAAACUUUACAGUUGGCACUAUGCACUGGGGCAGGUAGCGUUCUCCUGGCUUCCGCCAAACCCAGAUUUGUCCAUUGGACUGCCAGAUGGUGAAGCGUGAUUCAUCACUCCAGAGAAUGCGUUUCCACUGCUCCAGAGUCCAAUGGCGGCAAGCUUUACCCCACUCCAGCCCACGUUUGGCAUUGUGCAUGUGGCUGCACAGCCAUGGAAACCCAUUUCAUGAAGCUCCCAGUGAACAGUUAUUGUGCUGACCUUGCUUCCAGAGGCAGUUUGGAACUCAGUAGUGAGUGUGGCAAUCGAGGACGGACGUUUUUUACAUCCUACAUGCUUCAGCACUCAGCGGUCCCGUUUUGUGAGCUUGUGUGGCCUACCACUUCGCGGCUGAGCCGUUGGUGCUCCUAGACGUUUCCACUUCACAUUAACAGCACUUACAGUUGACCGGGGCAGCUCUAGCAGGGCAGACAUUUUAUGAACUGACUUGUUGGAAAGGUGGCAUCCUACGAUGGUAUCAUGUUGAAAGUCACAGAGCUCGUCAGUCAGGCCAUUCUACUGCCAAUGUUUGUCUAUGGCGAUAGCGUGGCUGUAUACUUGAUUUUAUACACCUGUCAGCAACGGGUGUGGCUGAAAUAACCAAAUCCACUAUGUUGAAGGGGUGUCCACGUAUUUUUGUGUGUAUAUAGUGUAGUCUGACAUCACUUCAAAACAUACUACUGUUUUUUGUUAGUGUGAUGACAUUGAAAUGAUGAGUCCACGUUUCUUGUUUCUAAUUUCCCAUGUUAGUAUAGUAUACCUAGUAAAAAUCAUAGUCCGUUAUCAUCCUCCUCGGCCUCCCAAACCUCAUCUUUUAUGGAGAAAGAGAUGGUUGCCACAGAAGGACUCCUCUUCAACACUUCUAUUUUCUUCACCUCUUCUUUCCCUCUUCAUCUCUUGUCAUCCUGCUUUUUUGUCUUUUUCGUUUGCGCUUUCAUUCUUUUCCCCCUGCAGGUAUUCAGUCCAUCUGGUGGACAUCUCCUUCCCCCUGCAGGUAUUCAGUCCAUCUGGUGGACAUCUCCUUCCCCCUGCAGGUAUUCAGUCCAUCUGGUGGACAUCUUCUUCCCCCUGCAGGUAUUCAGUCCAUCUGGUGGACAUCUCCUUCCCCUGCAGGUAUUCAGUCCAUCUGGUGGACAUCUCCUUCCCCCUGCAGGUAUUCAGUCCAUCUGGUGGACAUCUCCUUCCCCCUGCAGGUAUUCAGUCCAUCUGGUGGACAUCUCCUUCCCCCUGCAGGUAUUCAGUCCAUCCGGUGGACAUCUCCUUCCCCCUGCAGGUAUUCAGUCCAUCUGGUGGACAUCUCCUUCCCCUGCAGGUAUUCAGUCCAUCUGGUGGACAUCUCCUUCCCCCUGCAGGUAUUCAGUCCAUCUGGUGGACAUCUCCUUCCCCCUGCAGGUAUUCAGUCCAUCUGGUGGACAUCUCCUUCCCCCUGCAGGUAUUCAGUCCAUCUGGUGGACAUCUCCUUCCCCCUGCAGGUAUUCAGUCCAUCUGGUGGACAUCUCCUUCCCCCUGCAGGUAUUCAGUCCAUCCGGUGGACAUCUCCUUCCAUCAGUUCUCCAGGACCCUUUUUGUUGACUGGUCAGAUAAAAAUGAUUUUCCCUGGCUCAGACUCCAUGAUCUGGUGGUGUAGGCAUGUGAACACAACCACGGGUCUUCACCUUUCCCACUUUGUCUCCCAAUUUGUCUCACCGCUGUUUAGUCUUCCCGCUGUUUCUAAUCUGUCUGAAUACAGCAAAAAUGUCCUAAAUACAUGUUUUAAAAUAUAUAUAUUUUCCCGGUGGGUGUCAAUAAAUUGAACAGCACAAUCACUGUUUAACGUUGUUCCGUUCUCUCCUAAAGGAAAUUCUUAACUAUACUAAAUUGACUGGUUAACUUCACCAACAACAAAAUGGGUAAUUUCCUGUAUAGAAUGUCUGCUUGAUUGUUUGUUUUCCAGGUCUUUAUGACCUUUUUAUUGAUAUGUUUUCCCUUAUCGUUUCUUCGCCUUUACCUUAUGUUUACUUCCUGUUGCUUUUUUCACUCAUUUAUAUUUUUUCCUAGUCCCUCUCUUCCUCCUCCCCCUCUCAGUAGAGCCUGUGUUGUUUGACCUCUGACCUUUCCCUGCUGUCUCUGUAGAGAGGAGUCCUUCUACUGCACUGUCCCCAUCACCCCUGUUAAGAGGGAGAUGGAGGGCCUUGACACCGUAGAGGAGGUGAGACGGGUUGCCAAGUGUGGUUAGACAAGCUGCCUGGGUUGCCAGUUUGGAGCCUAACCGGAGAUGCCCAUAGAGCCUAUGCUCUCACUGCAUGGCGUGGGUUGUGGUGUAAUUUCCCCCCCAAACCCCACUAAGAUGUCAGACACCGUCUGCAGUGGUAGUGUACAUGCUGACAUGACUU